AACUGAAGGUCCUCGAAGAGCAAGAAACUUGGACUCAAACCCUUUGUAUGCUGAAAUAAACUCACCAAAAGGCUGCUCAGUUCCUACUAGCCCAGCUGAGUUAUUUUACUAACUUCAUAUCAAGUUUCUAGUUACCUUAGCUGGCUUACCUCCUCUUAGAAGACUCGACAUGUUAGCACUCUAUGUUUUUUUUAACUGAUGGGAUGGGUGGGAUGGUGACGUGCAGAUGCAGAUGCAAGGACAAUGAGUGCCUCCCAGUCCUGCCUAGUAGAGCUAUCUAAGGGGCACUCCAACGAAACGGUAUUACAAAGUCAUCCAUUUAGUCAAUAUGAUGUGAACCGGUUGCUUCCAGAAGCAUUUGACUAGGUAUUCACCAUACAAUUCCUUCCUUUGCCGUAUUUCGGCCAUGGCAAGCCGCAAGGGACGCAAAAUACACUGGGCUAAGGUAGCAGUUAUGCGACCGCGGGGCCGCUCCCGAGGCCAAAAAAAAAAAAAAAUAAGGGACCUGGAUACUCGACUCGACAUUGAAAGUCUAGACUGAAUCAUACAAAGAAAACUGCCCGCCAUUGUCACUCUUUGCUUUUUUUUCCCUCCUCUACGUUUUCUCCAUUGCGCUUGGCUCAUUCUCCUUUUCCAUAACGUGUAACAACCUAUUUCUGUAGCGAUGUCUGACGACGAGGUUGACACCGAGCUGUUGGAACUCCUCCGCCAACAUCUUCAGGGGAAGAUCGAUAUCCAGGAGGAGCCCGAGACAGGCGUCCUGGAGAGCGCUGAAUAUGUCUACGACAGUUGCAUUGAUGUUGCCGUUGACAUGCGUGCAUCUAAAAAGGCAGCUGAGAACAUUUAUGAGCAAAUGCAACAGAAGAGUUACUCAACUGCCACCUGGUCAGAGCAUGAACUUCACCCCAAGGCCAAGGACGAAACUACUGUCAACUUCAUUUUCACUAUGGACUUGCUGAACUUUUCUUUCUGGUCUGAACUACCUGAUGAUGAACGCUUUGCUAUUGAAUAUCGCGGGAAAAGAUGGACUGGUUAUUGGAGUUUGGUGGCAGCUCUCCAAAGAGCAAUUGAUGAAGGCAUUCCUAUCACGGAUCCUUUCUACUGGAAGAACGAAGAAGAGUGUACCCUGGAAUCCCUCACCCAUGUUUUCCGGUCAUGCACAGAAGAGGAAAUUCCCCUCCUUGAAGAACGUUUAGACUGCCUCCGAGAAGCUGGCCAGGUACUCUUCAAGCACUACGAUGGCUCUGUUGCAGAGCUCAUUUACGCUGCUGACGGUUCUGCGGCACGCCUGGUGAACUUGCUGGCGCAGGAUUUUGACUGCUUUCGUGAUGAGCAUCGUUUCGAAGAUGGCAAGAUGAUUCGGCUGAUGAAGAGAGCACAAAUCCUUGUUGCGGAUCUUUGGGCAUGUUUCAACGGCGCGUCAUACGGCGAAUUUCGAGACAUCGACAAGAUCACCAUGUUUGCGGAUUAUCGUAUCCCUCAAAUUUUGAUGACUAUGGGCGCCCUGUAUUGUUCUCCAACGGUAGCAGCCGCCAUCAAGGACAAGAAGAUGAUAAAGAGCGGAUGUUCAUGGGAGCUACAAAUACGAGCUUGCAGUAUCUGGUGUGUUGAGCUGAUUCGACGAGAGAUUCUGCGUCAACACCCUGACGCUCAUGUCAACGCCAUCCUAAUAGACUUUUUCCUCUACGACAGUAUGAAGGAACUGGAAGCGGCGGGUAAAGAGCCCAUUCCGCAUCAUCGGACAAGGAGUAUUUGGUACUAGAUGGAGGCCGCGAGGCCAGUUACCUCUAGACUUUCUGUGUAUUUUGAGACCCAAGUUUAGAUCAUAGAUUUCUUAUUCGACUAGCUCUUUACGCGCUUAUAGAAUAAAUGAGACAGUAAAUAAAGCGACAAGGGCACCUGAACAUCAUUCCCUCA